AUGAGCGAGCCUCGCCCCGGGGGGACGUGUGUGUGGGCGAUUCUCACCUCUGGGUUCCUCCUCCUGGGCUGCCGCGGGCUCCCUGAGGUCCCGCAGGGAUUUCUUCAGGCUCCGGAGCCCGAGGAGGUGACUCCCGACCUGGGCCCCCGUGCCACCUCAGAAGAGCCCUCGACCUCCGCCCUGCCUGGUCCGCCCUGGCCCGGCCAGCCGGCUGCGCAGCCCCCGAGCCCCGCCCCGCCCGUCCUGCACCUGCGGCUGCUGGUGGCCGUGGGCCCCGACGUCUACCAGGCUCACCAGGAGGACACGGAGCGAUACGUGCUCACCAACCUCAACAUGGCGUCGGAGCUGCUGAGGGACGCGUCCCUGGGGGCUCAGUUCCGCGUGCACCUGGUGAGGAUGGCCGUCCUGACGCAGCCCGAGGAGGCGCCUAAUAUCACGGCCAACAUCAGCUCCUCGCUGCGGAGCGUCUGCCAGUGGGGCCGGACGGUCAACCCCCAGGACGACUCGGACGCCGGCCACGCCGACCUGGUCCUCUACGUCACCAGGUUUGACCUGGAGCUGCCUGACGGCAACCGGCAGGUGCGGGGGGUCACCCAGCUGGGGGGUGCCUGCUCCCCCGCGUGGAGCUGCCUCAUUGCUGAAGACACCGGCUUCGACCUGGGGGUCACCAUCGCCCAUGAGGUUGGGCACAGCUUCGGCCUGGAGCACGACGGCGCGCCGGGCAGCGGCUGCGCGCCCAGCGGCCACGUGAUGGGCGCCCCCGGCGCCGCGCCCGCCCGCGGAGGCCUCGCGUGGUCCGCCUGCAGCCGCCGGCAGCUGCUGCACCUGCUCAGCGCAGGUCGGGCGCGCUGCGUGCUGGACCCUCCGGGACAGCUGUCCGGGCCCGCGGGGCGCCCGCCUCAGGCACACCCCGGCCUCUACUACGACGCGGACGCGCAGUGCCGCGUGGCAUUGGGCCCCUCGGCGGCCGCCUGCACCUUCACCAGGGAGGACCUCGACGCGUGCCAAGCCCUGUCCUGCCACACGGACCCCGCGGACCACAGCAGCUGCAGCCGCCUCCUCAUUCCUCUCCUGGACGGGACAGAGUGUGGCCUGGAGAAGUGGUGCUCCAAGGGCCGCUGCCGCCCGCUGGCAGAGCUUUCGCCCCUGGAGGCCGUGCACGGGCACUGGUCAGCUUGGGGUCCCCCCAGUCCUUGCUCCCGCUCCUGCGGAGGGGGCGUGGUCACCCGGAGGCGGCAGUGCAACAACCCCAGACCUGCCUUCGGGGGGCGUGUGUGCAUGGGCGCUGACCUGCAGGCCGAGAUGUGCAACACACAGGCCUGCGAGACGACCCAGCUGGAGUUCAUGUCCGAGCAGUGCGCCCGGACGGACGGGGACCCUCUGCACCUGUCCCCAGGCAACGCCUCCUUCUACCGCUGGGGCCCUGCCGUGCGGCACAGUCAAGGGGACUCUCUGUGCAGACACAUGUGCCGGGCCAUUGGCGAGAGCUUCAUCAUGAGGCGUGGGGACAGCUUCCUGGAUGGGACCCGGUGUGUGCCCAGCGUCCCCGCAGAGGACGGGUCGCUGAGCCUGUGCGUGCAGGGCAGCUGCAGGACCUUCGGCUGUGACGGCAGGAUGGACUCCCAGCAGGUGCUCGACGCGUGCCAGGUGUGUGGAGGCGACAGCAGCACCUGCAGCCCGCAGCACGGCUCCUUCACGGCCGGGAGGGCUCGAGAGUACGUCACGUUCCUGGCGCUCGCCCCCAACGUGACCCGCGUGCACGUCGCCAACCACCGGCCCCUCUUCACGCACCUGGCAGUGAGGAUCCGAGGCCGCUACGUGGUGGCCGGGAACUCAAGCAUCUCUCCCAGCACCACCUACCCCUCGCCCCUGGAGGACAGCCGCAUCGAGUACAAAGUGACCCUCACGCCGGACCGGCUGCCCCGCCUGGAGGAGAUCCGCAUCCAGGGACCCACCCGGGAGGGCGUGGAGAUCCAGGUUUACAGGCGCUACGGCGAGGAGUAUGGCACCCUCACCCGCCCGGACAUCUCCUUCUCCUACUUCCGACCUAGGCUGCAGCAGGCCGGGGCGUGGGCCGCCGUGCGGGGGUCCUGCUCGGUGAGCUGCGGGGCAGGCCUGCGGUGGGUGACCUACAGCUGCCUGGACCAGGCCAGGAACCGGUGGGUGGCGGAGGCCCAGUGUGGAGGGGGCCGGCGGCCGGCGGCCCGGCAGGAGCCCUGCAGCCCCGGGCCCUGCCCCCCGCGCUGGGCAGUGGGAGACUUCGGCCCGUGCAGCGCCUCCUGUGGGGCAGGCCCGCGGGCGCGGGCGGCGCGCUGCGUGGAGGCCCCGGGCCGACACCUGAGGGCCCUGCGCCCGGCCCGGUGCGGAGCGCUGGCCCGGGAGCCCGCGGCUGAGACCUGCAACUCCCAGCCCUGUGCCGCCAGGUCGGAGGAGCCAGACGCCUGCUCGUGGGCCUGCGGAGCGGACCUGGCUGCACGGAACGCGACGUGUGUGCCGGGGGCGGGCGGCGCGGAGGCGCCGGCGACUGCUGGGCCCUGUUUCCCGGACAAGAAGCCAGCUGCCCUCGAGCCCUGCCCCGGGGUGACAUGCCCUCCAGGCUGGGGCCACCUGGACCCCCAGCCUCCGGGGGCAGAGGCGGCAACGCCCCCAGGCAGUGCCCGUCCGGGGGCUCGGGCCGCACACGCGUGGAUGCCCCUGGCAGGGCCCUGCUCCGUCUCCUGCGGUAGAGGCCAGAUGGAGCUGCAUUUUGUGUGCGUGGACACUGCCCGCAGGACGCCUGCCCGGGAGGAGCUGUGUGGCCUGGGAAGCACGCCGGGGAGCCGGCGGGAGGUCUGCCAGGCCGCCCCGUGCCCGGCGUGGUGGCGGUACAAGCUGGCGGCCUGCAGCGUGAGCUGUGGGGGAGGGGUGGCGCGGAGGAUCCUGUACUGCGCCCGGGCCCGCGGCGAGGACAAGGACGAGGAGAUCCUGCCGGACGCCCAGUGCCAGGGGCUGCCUCGGCCGGAGCAGCGGGAGGCCUGCAGCCCGCAGCCCUGCCCCGCCAGGUGGAAAGUCACGUCCCUCGGCCCGUGCUCAGCCAGCUGUGGCCUCGGCACGGCCACCCGCUCCGUGGCCUGCGUGCGGCCGGACCGAGGCCAAGACGUGGAGGUGGACGGCGCGGAGUGUGCGGGUCUGGCGCGGCCGCAGGCCAGCACCCCCUGCAUUGCUGCCGACUGCGCCUACCGGUGGCACGUCAGCGCCUGGACGCAGUGCUCCGUCUCCUGUGGGGAUGGCGUCCAGCGCCGGCGGGACACCUGCCAGGGACCCCGGGCCCAGGGACCCGUGCCGGCCGACUUCUGCCGGCACCUGCCCAAGCCCGCGACGGUGCGGGGCUGCUGGGCCGGGCCCUGUGCAGAGCGGGGAACGCCCAGCGUGGCGCCCCAAGAGGAAGCCGCUGCCCCAGGACAGAACCCAGCUGGCCCCACUGCUGCCUCCCCGGAGCGGCCCCCGCCCUGGGCCCGCCUCCUCUCCCCUGCUCCCCAGACUCAGGGGCCCCCGCCGGGGCCCCGGGACAGCCCUGCAGAAUCCAGUCCCUGUGGUCGGCAGCUCCUUGAGCCCGCGGGAGCUAUUGACUUGCGAGGCCCCGGGCAGGCGGACUGUGCGGUGGCCAUCGGGCGGCCCCUGGGUGAGGUGGUGACCCUCCAAGUCCUCGAGAGCUCCCUCAACUGCAGCGCUGGGGACAUGCUGCUGCUCUGGGGCCGGCUCACGUGGAGGAGGACAUGCAGGAAGCUGUCCGGCGCAACGUUCGGUUCCAAAGCCAACACCCUGGUGGUGAGGCAGCGCCGCGCGCGGCCGGGAGGUGGAGUGCUGUUGCGCUAUUCCAGCCGGCCGGCCCCGAGAACCUUCCACAGAGCAUGUGACACGCAGCUCUUUGGCCCCCGGGGUGAAAUUGUGAGCCCACAGAUGAGUCCAGACGGGAGACACGUGGGGGGCUGCCGCAUCUUCCUCGACGUGGCCCCGUGGGCCCGCAUCGCCAUCCGCGCCCUGGCCACCGGCGUGGGCCCUGGGACCGCGGGACCGGAUGCCGGCUACAUCUCGAUCCGGGACAUCCACAGUCUGAAAACGAUGACGUUCCGCGGGCAGCAGGCGCUCUACUGGGAGUCAGAGGGCAGCCAGGCUGAGAUGGAGUUCAGCCAGGGCUUCCUGGAAACACAUGCCCGCCUGCAGGGCCAGUACUGGACACUCCAACCUGCAGCGCGGGAGCCCCUCAGUGCCCUGCCCUAGCGAUCGCUCCGCACACACCCCUCAGCCGGCUCUGGAAGGGAACGGAGGCAACCAGAUAUCGAUGAGCACCUGCCAGGUGCCCGGCCGGCUCCGGAGUGCUUUCCCAAUUGAACUCCAUCCAAUCUGAACUAUCGUCUUUAGCACUUCCUCCGACGUGCAAAGCGG